GUGUUGUAAAAAGCGAAAUUUUUUUAAAAAUAUUCUACGAGGAAGUCGCGGUUUGGUUUAUCAGUUACUUUACUUCAGUUCAUUGACCUGAGACAGAAAAAAAGGACUCUUUAGCCUGGAGGCCCUUAUUCGAGCGAAUCUUUCAAACGCAUUCUGCAUUUGUAUUGGUAAUUUUUCCCUGUACGUGUGUCGAUGUGGUGUGUCUGUGUCAUAUCAGUUAUCUCGCUGGACAUGGACAUUAUCAACAUUCAACAACAAAACAAUUCAUCACGUAAAUUCAGACAGCUGAUCUGAUUUCAAUUCUUAUUAGGUACUUCGAGAAAAUGUAUCACUAUUAAAUUUUGUAGAAAUACGCGUAUACGUACAUUAUAUUCGAUGGUUCUGUCUUGAGUUGGCUUAAUCCUUCUAUUAGUUUUCUAUUGGUAUAAUGCAACGGAAAACAGUAUCUUCAGUGAUAACGAUUACGUGGUGUUUUGAGCCUCGUACACGAGUAAUUCGCGAAUAUUGCUGAUUGUUAUGUUCAGAGUGAUACGAAUAUGGCUGAAAAAGCGACUCGUACCGAACCCGACAUGCAAGGAUGGCUGCUGAAGUGGACAAACUACGUCAAAGGGUAUCAACGUCGUUGGUUCGUUCUCUCUAACGGAUUGCUGAGCUAUUACAGAAAUCAAGCUGAAAUGGUUCAUACGUGUCGUGGCACUGUCAGUCUUCACGGUGCUUUCAUUCAUACCGAAGAUUCGUGUACUUUUGUGAUUUCAAACGGUGGCGCUCAAACUUUCUACAUUAAAGCUUCGAACGAAGUGGAAAGGCAGACUUGGGUUACAGCUUUAGAGUUGGCUAAAGCUAAAGCCAUUCAACAAAUUGAAACAGACUCAACGGAAGACUCGGUCAGUGAAAACGCCAAAGUUGAAGUGAUGACUGCCAUUAAAGUUCUGAGCCAAAAAAUGGAGGAUCUACAAAUAUGCAACGACUUAAUCAUAAAACAUGGAAACAGUUUGCAGAAAUCGCUUUCAGAACUAGAAUCAUUGGACGCUGUCGCCGAUAUCACCGUGAGAAUAAAAUCCAUCAACGAACGAGCCACUUUGUAUCGGAUAGCUUCGAAUACGAUGAUCAACACGUGUUUAGAGUACCUAGAAUUGGCCCAAAGUCAAGGUAAAAAAUGGCAAAAAAUGUUGCAACACGAGAGAGAACAACGAAUACAACUGGAAGAGAUGGUGGAGCAACUAGCCAGAGAACAGUCUGCCUUGGAGCGAGUUUCUAAACCGUCGGAAAAUAUUGAAAAUGUCGCCGAAAAUUCGUCGUCUGAAGAUGAAAAUACAGAAUUUUACGACGCUCAAGGAGGCGAAAAUUCCGAUUCUUCGUCGGUGAAUUAUUUAGAAAAACGUUCUCGUAACGCUGCUAGGCACAAUUCUUUAUCUAAUACGCAAAUGUUCGAUAAGAUUGUCAGCGAAGAAUUAGCCGCUGAUGACAGUUCGAGCAGCGAUGUGGACGAUAUGACUGAAUCGGCGGCCAUUUUGACAGCCGCGAUACGUUCUUCCGCAACGAUUAAAAACAAAAAAUCAGUAUUAUUGCAUAGAGAUACCGAAAGCAACACGCUGAAUAAUAAUCGCGAUUUCUCGUCCAGUCGAAAUGAAGCUUUAUUGGUUCUGUCUGAAAAUGCGAAAAACGCGUUGCAAGAAGUGAAAAAUAAUCCGAGAAAGAAAGGUACGCCUCGACGAUGUCGUAUUCCGGACAAACCGCAUCAUCCGUUGCAUAUUUGGAGCAUAAUGAAAAAUUGUAUCGGUAAAGAUCUAUCGAAAAUUCCGAUGCCCGUCAACUUUUCGGAGCCAUUGUCGAUGUUGCAAAGACUGACGGAAGACUUCGAAUACGCCAACGUACUUGACGCCGCUGCAAAGUGCACAGAUCCGUUCGAAAGACUCGCUUAUAUCGCCGCAUUUACCAUAUCCUCGUACUCGACGACCACCACCAGAACAGGAAAACCGUUCAAUCCGCUUCUCGGUGAAACUUACGAAUGCGACAGAUCGUGCGAUUUAGGUUGGAGAGUUGUUAGCGAGCAGGUAUCUCAUCAUCCUCCGAUUGCUGCUCAACAUUGCGAAGGAAAAAGCUGGAUUAGUUGGCAGGAGUUCACGAUGUCUUCCAAAUUUCGCGGCAAAUAUUUACAACUCACGCCCUCCGGCACUUCUCAUUUGCAGUUCAAAGAUUCCGACGAUUAUUAUACCUGGUGUAAAGUCACCACAACCGUUCAUAAUAUCAUCGUUGGCAAAUUAUGGGUCGAUCAAGAAGGCGAGAUGGAAAUCAUCAAUCAUAAAAAUGGUUCCAAAUGUCGUUUAACUUACGUGCCGUACAGUUAUUUUUCUCGUGACCAACAAAGAAAGGUGAAAGGUAUUGUAAUUGAUAAACAAGGCGAAGCGAAGUGGGUGAUAAACGGUACUUGGGAUAAUAAAGUUGAAAUCGCUCCGGUCACCAAAGUUGAUAAGGAAACGGGUUCUUGGAAAACUGGUUCUUGCGUGGCUGUCUGGCAAAGAAUCUUACCAUCAAUCGAUAGUGAAAAGUAUUAUAACUUCACCGAACUGGCGUGCCAACUCAACGAGAUGGAAGAAAAUAUCGCACCUACUGAUUCUCGGUUGAGGCCUGAUCAACGUCUGAUGGAACUGGGCAUGUGGGAUGAAGCGAAUAUUGAAAAGUUACGUUUGGAAGAGAAACAGCGGCAAAAACGUAAAGAAAGAAGUUUUCAGAAUGAAGAUGCUACAGAAUGCGGUGAUAUUCAUCAAACUCACGAACCUGUCUGGUUUCGAAGAGAGAUGGAUACCCAUACUGGUGACUAUAUGUAUUCUUAUAAUAAUCUUUAUUGGGAUUGUAAAGAUAAACGGGAUUGGAGUCGAUGUCCGAGUAUAUUUUAAUGGAUAAACCGGUCAAAUUUCGUUUUAUUUAUUUGUUUUUCUACAGAUGUAGAAUUAGAAGAACGAAAUAAUGUUUUGUGAUUGUUGCCAAAUUCUAUUUACCAUUUAAAUUUUAUAACUCGAUAUAUGUGUAUCGAUUACCUAUUGUACAUAUAUCGCGUGUAACAUUUUUAUUUAGGUACCUACCGACGUGUAAAUACGAUAGAAAAAAUUGUUUUUGCAUUUGCAUAGCGAUUAUAAGAAUAUGGUUGGCGUUGAUGUUUGGAAAUGUUAUCUCAUUGCUUUUGAGUGUAAAACGAAUUCCAUCACCAUCGAACUACACCCGUUAAUAAACAUGCGUUAAGUUUCAUUUUUUAAUAUUAAUUUUUCUGUUAUUCGUUGAUAUACGCUUGUUGAUUUAUUUUUGCGAAUAUUUGUUAGGCUAUCGUUGAUAUAUGAUUUUUAUGAAAAUGAAUACGAAUGAAGAUUCGGAGUAUAAUAAUAUUGUUACCAUGAAUUAUUUGUACGAUUAAGAAAGUUUAAUGCUUCAUCGAUGGAUUAAUUUCAAAACUUCUUCUUUUUUCUUCCUCUUAUUUUUUAUUCUAUCGCUGUUGAAACUUGAAAGGUCUAACCUUACUUUACUGAUGCAUUUUUGUAUUCAUCUCGAGCUAAUGUUACCCUUUAAAAUUAGAAAAAAAUUGAUUCCAAACCAUUAACUAUUUAAUUCAGUUUUUUUUUCAACAUCUCUAAAACUUAUUGAUUAAAAUAGCGAGAUUACCUGCUCUCGCGUGUGAAUUAUUUCCAUAAUUCCUAGAAUACUUGGUUUUUGAUUUAUUCUCAAAAAACUAAAAUUUUGUGUUACUCGCAAUUGAAGUUUUUUUGAAAAAUUUUCAACGGACCUGUAUAUUCUUGUUUUUUAGUAACAAAAUGACAAAAUGACAACCUAGAAUAUUAGAAAAUGUUCUAAAUGAAUUUUAAGAUUUUUAAGGGUAUAUUAAAGAUCAAAAUUGAAAGAAAAAAAACGAAAUUCUCAAAUUUCAUGGAAAAAUGAAGGUAAACUUUGAAAAGCUCUCUGGUAAAAUCAUGAUGUUUACCUUAAGAUCCCUUUUACUGGACACCGUCACAUAUAAUUAUUAUGUACUUACUUUUUAAUUACCAACAUAAUUAUUUUCCUUUAGCAAUUUUGAUUAACAUUUAUUUUACAGCAUUUACGCAUGUGAUGAAUACCUACAUCUUAUUUCCUACCAAUUGUACGUUAAUUAAUUAUCUAGUCAGUGUUGUUGCUUUGAAUCUGAUCAAUAAUGAUGUAUCUUUGAUUGUUAUUCUCAAAAGUAAAGGCGUAUAAUUUA